CAAAUUAAAGCUACCCUCAAACCUCAGCCACAGAUUCUUUCAACACAGAUAUGCCUUUCGUAUCUCAGUAGAAUUCAUCAAUUAAUAUUUCUGCCAAAUUUUCACACCUUUUUUUUUUUCUUUAUAAACUUGUUAUUAAAUUAUCAUUAUCCAUCCCUUUAUAUAUAUACACGUGUAUAUAUACGUUUAAUGGUUUAUUUUAUAUAUUUCUUUUUAUUAUUAUUAUUAUUUUUUAUAAGCAUAGCUUGAUCGACUUCUCAUGUGGGGUUGUGCCAAUGGCCUGGAUCCUGCUCAUCAUUGACUACUCCGCUCUUUUGGCUAUGAGGAUCAUGUUGGAAAUUAAGCCAUUACCAAGGAUUUAAUGUCCAUUCCAGUUCUUAAACUAUUUUUCCGCUUUUGCCAAUUUCAUUAUUUACUGCUUUCUUUCUUUCUUUGGGUUCCUUUCCAUCUUCUUCUUGAUAUCUCAAGAGUCACAUAUGUCUGAAACCAGGAUGGAGCAUGGAUAUCUGGAAACCGAUCCUACUGGUCGGUAUGGUAGAUUUGAACAAGUUCUUGGCAGAGGUGCAAUGAAAACAGUAUAUAAGGCAAUUGAUGAGCUCCUUGGAAUGGAGGUGGCAUGGAACCAGGUAAAGCUCAAUGAGGUGUUACGCUCUCCUCAUGAUUUGGAGAGGCUAUACUCCGAAGUUCACCUCCUUAGCACCCUCAAUCAUGACUCCAUCAUUAGAUUCUACACCUCCUGGAUUGAUGUUGACCACAAGACUUUCAACUUCAUCACUGAAAUGUUCACUUCAGGAACUCUCAGAGAAUACAGGAACAAAUAUAACCGAAUGGAUAUCCAAGCCAUUAAGAACUGGGCUCGCCAAAUAUUAGAGGGCCUUGUUUACCUACAUGGUCAUGAUCCCCCGGUAAUUCACAGGGACCUUAAGUGUGACAAUAUAUUUGUCAAUGGUCAUCUUGGAAAAGUCAAGAUUGGUGAUCUAGGCCUUGCUGCAAUUCUCCAAGGAUCCCAAUCAGGUCACAGUGUCAUAGGCACGCCGGAGUUCAUGGCUCCAGAACUAUAUGACGAGCAUUACAAUGAACUAGUUGAUGUCUACUCAUUUGGGAUGUGUGUUCUAGAAAUGUUUACCUCUGAAUACCCAUACAUCGAAUGUGCCAAUCCAGCGCAAAUCUACAAGAAAGUGACCUCGGGAAAACUGCCAAGAUCAUUCUACCAGAUUCAAGACUUGGAAACACAGAGAUUUAUUGGAAACUGUCUAGUAAAUGCCUCAAGGAGACUUUCAGCAAGAGAACUAUUGCUUCACCCAUUUCUGGCUUUGGAUGGUGCUAAACCAUGGCCAAAGCUUGGUAGUCAGCCGGUAUUUCUGAAUAAAAGGGAAAUGGAGAAACUGCAUUUGAGGGGUAAUCCUGCAAAAACAGACAUGAAAAUCACAGGGAAGCUGAAUCCAGAAGACGAAACCAUCUUUCUUAAAGUACAAACUGCAGACAGAGAUGGUUCUAGCAGAAACAUAUAUUUUCCUUUUGACAUUGUGAAUGAUACACCAUUGGAUGUUGCAAUGGAAAUGGUAAAGGAGCUGGAGAUAACCGACUGGGAGGCGUUUGAAAUUGCAGAAAUGAUUGAUGGUGAGAUUUCUGGUCUAAUUCCACAAUGGAAGAAACCAGACUUUACUCAUUGUGAAGCCUACCAUACAUUUAACUACCAAGAAGAUGACGGGGUGCCUCAUCAUCCAUUCAACUCUUUCUCCUCACGUUCUUCGUCCCAGCUUUCACUGUCUGGCUUGAUGGCACAAGGAUAUAAUUGUCCUCAAGAUGAUUUCGUUGAUGAUACCAGCUCUCAAAGUUCUUCACACUCUGGAACAUAUUCUAACUUGAGUUACUUAUGUGGGGAUGAUCACAAGCCUGAAGCAAGCCCCGCAAGAAGAAAUAUACAUCCUAGUACAAGAUUUUGCCCUGAAGAAUGUUUAAACAUUGUAAGGAAUUACUGUUACUACGACCAACGCAAAGAAUUGCAUGGAGUUAGUUCUAAAAAUAGGAGAGGCAUGGAGAGCCAAAAAUUAGUGAGGAACCGUUCAUUGGUAGAUGUGCGGAGCCAAUUACUACACCAAUCAUUAGUGGAAGAGGUGAGAAAAAGAAGGUUGUUUAAGACAGUUGGAGCUGUAGAAAACAUUGGGUUUCAGGCUCCUUGUGAGGUGGUUCCUAAGAAAACGUCACAAAGGACUUCGAUACAAAAGGGUUAAAUUUUUGUUCUCCCACGGCAGCAACUAUGUUUUCAGGCCAAAGGAAAAAAAAAAAAGGAACAAUUUUUGGUCUUGGAUACAAGAAGAGUGUAAAUAUAAUACAGGUUGUUUGUAAAGGCUGAGAGGGCCAGUUAAAAGUGAUACUUAAAUUGAUGCUUUCUCUCUGUGCCAGCAUAAUAAAUCUAAUUAAUAAUUUUUGUCCAAAAGUAGAAGAAAGAGAUUUGGUUCAUAUAUCCUUUGUGGAUAUUGGCUUUGUUUUUCAUCAAUCUCAUGUAUGUUUCAAAUCCACUCCUGAAUUCUUAAAGUAUCCAUUAAUUUUAAUGGUUAAUAUGGGGUUAGCUAGCUACUCUGGUGUUAAUAUAGAGAAUGCUUUAUA